AACCCUCACUCUCUCUCUAUCUCUCUCUACUUUCUCUCUCUAAAAAUCCUUCGCAUUCUCUCCAUGUUCUUCUGCUUCAAUCAUUACAGAGCUAUGGAGGCCAAUGAAUUCGAGCUUUAUACUCAUUAAAUCCACCGUCAAUUCAUCGUAAUCGUACUAAUUCCACCGGUUUCUCUGUUCAUUUUGAUUUCGUAAAUUUCGUUUAUAAAUAGCUUUGAGGUGAAAAGGUAUCGUCCUUUAGCGACUGUUGUGUUCAUUUUGAGCUUUGAUUUCUAGUUAAUGGAAGGCUGUCAAGCAAGCUCUGAAUCGAAUCGGUUGCUUACUUCUUUGACAUCGUGUGAUCUUGAAGCCGAAAAUUCGAUACUGCUUCUUGGUGGUGAUCUCUGAAUUAGAUUCUUAAGAACAAGAACAAAGGUCGCUUGUUAGAUAUGCGCUGUCUCUUAAUGGUUUCCUCAGGGCCACCAAUAAAGAAAAGAUCUGGUUUGCGGAUUAAACAAGCAGGGCGUGGUUCAUACAGAGCUAGUUAGGUGUAUUUGUUCCUUAGAUUUUUUUAUCCAAGUUGAUCUUUGCUGUACUGGGUGAGUUUUAUAUUGAAGAAAUAAGAUGGGUUCUACACCUUUAAGGAGGUUUUUACAGAGUCUUUGCACCAAUUCUUGCUGGAAUUAUGCUGUAUUUUGGAAGCUUCGGCAACAAAACCAAAUGGUUUUGAUGUGGGAAGAUGGAUACUUUGGCACCUUAAAAGUUCAAGAUGCUAGCAAAAACAUAUUUACUGAAACACGUGGUUAUAAUGGAACGUUUCUUGGAGAUGCGUAUGAAUUAGCAAUGGCUUAUAUGUCAACCAUUAAUUAUGCAUUGGGUGAUGGGGUUGUUGGUGAUGUGGCAUAUACAGGAGACUGUCGCUGGGUUUUUGCAGAUUCAAAGUCAUACGGGAAUUUCAACACCGCAUCAAAUCCCGAGCAUGCAGAUGAAUGGUUAUUUCAGUUUGCAGCAGGUGUCAAGACUAUAUUGCUGGUGCCUGUCAUUCCACUUGGAGUUUUACAACUCGGCUCAUUGGAAGAUCUUCCAGAGGACGCACAAAUGGCGAACUAUAUUAAAGAUGAAUUUUUUACACAUCAAGAUUUGAUGGAGUACGCUGAUGCUUCUUUUGCAACAAGCCACCUUUUUUCAUCUCAACCGCCAAAAACCAUUGAUGACUUCAUCUGGUCAAACCACACACUGUUGACCAAAAGUCUUUCAACACCAACUUCUGACAACUGGUAUUCAUCUCAUUCUUCAAGUGCGAUUGAAUUCCCAGAUCCGCUACAUCAAUCCACAGAUUUGAUCAAUUCCGAGAUUCCAAUGAACCUACAGUUAGUUAGUGAUGUGGGCCCGUCCUUAAACUUCCCUAAAGAGUGUGAGCUGCAUAAAGCUCUCGGGCCCGCUUUCAUUGCUGACUCAUCAUCUAGUAAAACCAAUGAAACCGUUUUCAAUAUAACGGGCUUUGAACAAUCAGGUUCACUAAUUAGUAACCAGUUAGCAGUUGCACCGUUUACUAGAGUAAAAAAUCAUAACAGUAGUUCUUCACCUUCGGCUAUUACAUAUGAGGGUGUAGUUGAAGAAUUGACAGAGGAAGAAGGGCAACAAAGUAAUUGUGAUGUUUUGCAUCAAAGUAAGGGUUCAAAAGCAUCUGUUGCUAGCAAAAGAAGGGUCAAGUCAGGUGCUAAACAGAAGGCUAGACCUCGCGACAGGCAAUUGAUUCAGGACCGGCUCAAGGAUCUUCGCGAACUUGUUCCAAAUGGAGCAAAAUGUAGCAUUGAUGGUCUGCUAGAUCGAACUAUAAAACAUAUGCAGUUUUUAGAAAGCGUGAGUGAUCGUGCUGUCAAGUUGAAGCAGUGUGUCCAAUCAGAGAAAGUAGGAACUGUUCUGAAAGAUAAUAGAACGCCCGUGGUCAAAGAUAGUCAAAGUGGGGCAAGCUGGGCAUUUGAACUCGGAGGUGAUUUAGAAGUAUGCCCCAUACUUGUUGAAGAUCUUCAGUAUCCUGGCCACAUGGUUAUAGAGAUGAUAUGUGAUGAUAGCAUGCGUUUCCUUGAAAUAGCUGAGGUGAUACAUGGCCUGGAAUUGACAAUUUUACACGGAGUGAUGGAAAAACGUUCCGGACACACAUGGGCCCACUACAUUGUCGAGGCGCCAAAGGGAUUUCACAGAUUGGAUAUAUUUUGGCCGUUGAUGAAGCUUUUGCAGCAACCUAGUCCAAUAUGUAGCAAAAUAUGAUGCUAUCCAAGUGUUAACUGAAUUUCUUAAGUUUGAUUCUGUGUUUAUCAUAUGGUAACUACUUAAUAUCGACUGGACUAUUAGUUUUGAGUUGAUUUGUAGCAUAAGUCAUAUUUGCAACAUAAUUAUGUACAUGUCGGAUCCUUUGGUAAGUAUUCUUGUGAUGAAACUUAUUCAGUAGGUUUGUUUUCUUGUUU